AAAUUACAGGAAAUACAGAGGUGGCUUAAUGUUGUUGAUCCCGCCUCCAAUUACUCAUCUGCACUUAGAGUUCGUGCAAAAGGUACUGGGAAUUGGCUACUUAAGGGACCCGAUUACAGCAAUUGGAAGGAAGGCAGUGGGGGGGCUCUAUGGCUCCAUGGUAUACGUAAGUCUAGAUAUGAGUGAAUCCUUAUCUUUCGAGAAAUGGCAUUAACAUUUGCGUCUUCUAGCCGGAUGUGGCAAGAGUGUCCUCAGGUGCGAACUUGGCCGGGUAUUGAGAGGUGCAACACGAUCCCUUGAUUGCUAACACACUCUUUAGUGCUACUGCUAUUGAAGAUAUCGAACAUCUGUGCGAGACUAGCAAUGACCAUGCGUUAGCCUAUUUUUACUUCACCUUCAGCGACUCCGAGAAGCAGAACCUGUCCAAUAUGCUUCUGUCCCUUAUUGGCCAACUUCCGAAAAGGCCUUCCGAUCGCGGUUUGCCGGGUGAGAUUGUCGACUUGUAUAAUAGCACCAAGGCGGUUGGAAAGCCGGCAGAUACCAAGGCUCUGCAAGAUCUAUUGUCACAGAUUAUAAAGGGGUUCAAGAAGAAGACUUUCAUAAUCUUGGAUGCCUUGGAUGAAGUUCCCAAGUCCGAGCGGAAGGACCUCCUAUCUUGGCUCACGAAACUAACUGCCGAUCACAAUCCGGAAUCGCUUUCCAUCCUCAUCACCAGCCGUCCCGAGAGCGAUAUUGUAAGAUCCGUCCAACCUCUUGCCACCUUUGCACUACCCUUGCAGUCCAAAACAAUCGACCCGGAUAUCCGGUUUUAUAUCCGGAACUCUCUAGAUAGUAAGGAUGAAUUCCGGGGAUUCACUCAAGAAAUCAAGAGUGAGAUUGAGGAAACACUUGUUACAGGUUCACAGGGAAUGUAAGUAACGCCCAAAUUCUGAAUCAUCAACUUGUGCUGAUAUAAGGGUGGGUAUGUUAAGGUUCAGGUGGGUAGACUGUCUCUUGCGAGUCCUACAGGAAUGCAUAACGCCAGAAGACGUGAGACAAGCAUUGGAGGAGCUCCCGGAAGAUUUAGACUCCGUCUACUUGAGGAUCCUGGAUAGCAUUCCUAAGAGGCAGAAGGAAUAUAUUCGCCGAGCGAUGAAUUGGCUCGUAUUUUCGGCAGAGCCAUUGACAUUAGGCCAGCUUGCGGAGGCCAUUGUGAUCAAAUAUGAUGUCAACAAAUAUGGCCACGGUUCGAAAACACUUUUUGACCAGAGUUCCCUCCUCAGCAUUUGCCCUAGCCUAAUUUCCUUCGAAGAUGCCAGGAACGAUGAAUCAUCCCCCCAAGAAGACCGCCGAUUACGACUAGCACAUUUCUCGGUGAAGGAAUAUUUGAUCUCCGACCGCGCAGCUCAGGGCCCAGGUGCCUACUAUUAUAUUUCGAAGGAUAAAGCCAAUUUACUGAUGGGGCAUGCUUGUCUCAGUCGAAUACUGCGACAUAGUGCACCAGGGACUAUCAGUGGGAAAAGGGUUGAGAGAACAUCAUUUCUUUACCACAGUGCUCGCUAUUGGUUUGUGUAUACCAGAUCUAUUGAAGAUCCGGCACCCGCCCCACUCUCAGACGCAGUGGUGAAGGUUCUCGAGCUUGACAAGGAGUGGCUAGAUAUAUAUAAUCCUGACAAACUUUACUCCCCCGACCCCGAGCCCUACCCACCAGCAAUCUACUAUUCCUCCUUGUUAAAUUUGGUGACUGCCUGUGAAUUCCUAGUCAAUAGAAAAGCAGAUACAGUAAACGUAAAUGCUCAGGGUGGCGCAUAUGGCAAUGCACUACAAGCAGCUGCAAUUCGGGGGAACGAAUCGCUUCCGCGGCUUCUCCUCGAGCAUGGGGCAGAGGUGAAUGCGAAGGGU